AUGGCUAGCUCAAUCGUAUGGUCUCUUCUCGGAGUACUUCUUGUGCUCUAUAUUCUGCGUCGAAAGACAGACAAUGGUCUCACGAAAGUUCCCGUGGUCAAAUACAUUUACUUUCUACCAAAUAUUUUCAAUAGACUUAUAUUCUAUCCAAAGGCAAAGCAAAUGAUUUAUAAAGGCUAUGCACAAUACAAAGAUACGCCAUUUCGCAUGCUGACUGGCGAUGGCGAAGUUGUUGUCUUGCCUAUCAAGUAUGUGGACGAGCUUAAACAUCGACCACCAUCAAGCAUCAGUUCGUUAGACGCGCAAUUUGAAAAUGCGCUGGGAGAGUAUACCAACAUCAUAAUCCAUAGCUAUUUGCCUUCAAUGACAGUUCGAAAACGCCUUACACCAAGUCUUGGCCGAGUGAUUCCCUGGGUCAUCGAUGAAUUGCGCUAUGCUUUUGAAUCCGCUCUCCCUGAAUGCGAAGACCGUUGGGUUAGUGCCAUGCCACAUCAGGUGUUCGUUCGUCUUAUCGCGCGUGCAACAUCACGGGUCGUUGCAGGGGACUCCCUUCGCCGUAAUGAGGAAUGGCUCAACACGGCGAGUAGUUAUUCAGUCAAUGUUGGUGUGACUAUCUUACUGCUACGUCCAUUUCCAAAAUUUCUACGACCAUUUGUUGCUCUUUUUCUUCCCUCGGUUCGUCAGAUGAAACAGCAAUUGCGAUUUGUUAAGGAUCUUUUUAUCCCAAUGAUCAACGAGCGCCGCGCCGCUGAAGCUGCCGCGACCUCCGACUACAUUAAACCGGAUGAUUUCCUGCAGUGGAUGAUGGACAUGGCGGAAGACGAGCAGGAUAUGGAUCCCGAAGCUCUAGCACAUCAUAUGUUGAUACUUAUGAGUUUGGCAGUCGUUCACACGAGCUCUAUAGCUAUGUGCCAUGCUCUUUACGAUUUGAUAUGCAUGCCCGAGUAUCAAGAGCCACUUCGCGUGGAAAUCAGAAAAACCCUUAGCAGCGGAUGGAAUAAUGCUACGAAAUCAUCAUUUGAUUCUCAACGCCGUUUGGAUAGCUUUCUGCGCGAGUCACAGCGCUUUGGGCCUCCUGGUGAAUUCCAUUCAGUAUCUUUCCAUCGUAUCGUUAAAGAGCCCUUCACGCUAUCAGACGGCCUCUUCCUCCCUGAGGGAACCCAUAUCUGCUUUCCGUCGGGCCCAAUUAGCAAAGAUCCGAAUUUUAUCCCGAAUCCAAAUGUAUUUGACGGAUUCCGUUGGUGCCAAGAUCCAGCAGAUAGAGAUAUAUUGACUAUUCCCAACACUAUCUCUAACGGAAAUCUUAAAGAGAAUCAGAAGAGAAAUGACCUGGUGCCGGCUCCAUCCACGUCUACUAGUUUCAUUAGUAUAAGUCCAUCAAAUAUGCAUUUUGGAUUUGGUCGCCAGGCUUGUCCAGGUCGCUUCUUUGCCUCCUGUACAAUCAAAGCAAUUUUCAGUCGAAUCAUCAUGGACUAUGAAUUUAAGUUCGAGGAGGAGCGUGGUAACUGGAGGCCUGCUAAUAUUGGCAUCGGGGAGCAUAUUUUUCCAAACACAAGCACACCUGUCUUAUUUCGGAAGAGGCCAAUGGAACUAUGA